UGUGGUGAGGGUGAGGCGGACCACAACACUCUAGCAGACGACGUCACCAUCACCUCACACAUGCUGCUACUCCUCUCCUCACAACCAUUAUAUAUCCACUUAUAACUUAUCAUUCUCAACAUCAACACGUCUCCCAUCAUCUGUACUGGUGCAGUCAUCGGGAGGACAAACCCUUCAUGCAAACUGCACUUACUAUCAAGAAGAUCUCCACUUACUGAUGGCUAGAAACAGCUAUCGAAAUUUUCUGAGAUUACUUGAUAAAUGGCCAGUCGACUCUACGAAAGCUGGUGAUCGAGAUCUUGGAAAGUAUUUGCGGCUUCGUGUGACAGAGGGCUUCAGACAUGGUGAUGCUACUGCUGUAGAUGAAACGGAAUGCCAGAGGAUAUAUGCUUCUCUAAAUCGUAUAGCUACAAAUGUUCAUGCCAAGCAAUACCCACGUACGCUGAGAAGUACAUCAACAGGUCUUACUGCAGAGGAGUGCAAGCAAGUUAUAUCAGAAGAAUUCUUGCAAAUAUUAAAAGAACAGGACAAAGGAUUUUUUUCUGGCUUAUUCAAGAGAGGCUGA